CCAACUUUGAUUUGAUUUCCACAAAUCAUGCCAUUAAACCCCAAUCAACUCCCAUCCGUUACACAUCAUUUUUGGGUAUAAAUAGGGGUAUUUUGGGUCUACUUUUAACAUCCAUUCCUCACACAUUUCAUAGCUUUACAUUGCAUCAUUCCAUAAACUUUUUACAUAGCUUUUUAGAGCCAUUUCUUGAGGAAUUGAGUGUGUUCUUGAUCUAAAUUAGUUUACUCAUAUUCUACUCUUUAAGAGAGUUUUUGUUCGUGAGUGGUUAAGUGUUGUGAACACUUUAAGGGAGGUUAAAAGGAAAGAAAAUGAUAUAUUUUGACAAGUGAUAAAAAGUUUAGGGACACAAUAGUAAGGAAACAUAGUGGUAUUUUUGACAAAAUAUAAUACAUACGGAGUAGUUUGGUGGGAAUGUAUGCGCGGUUAGUGGGGGAGAAGGAAAGGGGGGUUAGGGUUUCACAAGCCGCCGGAAGGAGGGGAGGGAGAGACGGAGAGAGAGAGAGAGAUGGAGAAAACGAGAGAAGAAGAGAGGGGAAAUCGGGAGUCGUGGGUGGGGAAGGAUAAGGUUCUGGUGCAAACACGGGGCGAAGGUAGAACUUCAGAUUUCUGGGUGGUGGAUCUGAGAGAUAACAAAGUUAUGAAACUUGGGGGGCGCGUCGGGCUUCUUUGGGAUCACAAUAUACCACACGGAUUGAUUGCCGUGGAUUCAGUGAUUUACGCCAUCGGGAGGUAUAAACCAGAUUCUAUUUGCUGCCCGAAGGAGGAGGAGGAGGGAAUAUAUCACCACGAUCAUACCGGCACAUCUUUCCUGGAUUUGGCAGACCCCAGUGGUAGGUGGAAGGGAAUAGGUGGGAUGCUUAUUAGCAAUAGGCCGUUUCCGUGUUGUGCUUCCCUUAGCGACAAGAUAUUCGUUUUUGGUGCCAAAGCUUCAAAAGCCCAUUUGAAUUUGGGCGAGUUCUAUGACAAGAAGAAGAAUUGCUGGGAAGCAAUACCAUCACCACCGCUCAUCCGUCGUGACGCAUUUCGGCAUUGCCGUCCCGUUAUUUGCGACCCCAAGCACAAUCGGAUACUUGUCCAUUUCAGUUAUAUCAGUUCCCUCUAUGCAUACUAUCCCGAAGACGGCCAUCGAUGGGUUUGCCUAAAUGAUCACAUGCCGCCGUGGGACGGAGAACCUGCACCCUACCUCCUUGACAAUGUUCUCUACCUUAUUUCCUACAAAGACAAUUGCAUCACUGCCUUUGAUAUCUGCACCAAGGAGCACCUCGAGGUUUCUUGGUCCUCUUGCUCCCCAUUCGGCCCUCACGAACUUGCCCAAUUAACUUCCCCAUGCAUGAUUUAUUUGGGUGAUAACAUCAUGUGCGUCUAUCCAUAUGCGCCGUCGUCCUUUGAAUACUACAGGUUCCAAGUUUGCCGGGUCUCUAACCAACAACAGGGAGUGCUCAUAACUCCCCUCUCUACCCACCUCUUCCCAUUUCAAGGCCCCCGGACACCCAUUAAUACGGUCGCCCUCUAGGCCAGGUAGCUUGCUGUUGAUGUCCGGAGUUCAAGAAUAUGAUGUGGUGUACUCCCCUCCCCCGUUCCGUUUCCUAUUCAGGUGACAUGGCCCCCACAAUCUCUCCAUUCGAUUCUUAAAACAUCAACGGGCGGAGGGAGAAUUUAAUUUGGUUUUAGUAUUAUAUAUGCAGAAUAAUGAGCGGGGAAUCCCCCCUUAUAUUAUAAGGCCCAACAAAGUUUCCUUCAGUCCUUUUUCCGUCAAUGUUCCGUCAAAUUGCUACGUUCCGUCUUCUAAAUUUCACAGCACCGCCAGAUUAUCUUUCCCGACGUCUGUUCUCCGCCUCUACUAUUUGUCCUCACCUUCUCGCAAUUUCUACACCAUCACCGACCCACGACCUCUUCAACCGCCACACCACACCGUCUUCCUCACCUAAUAAUGAGUGAAGAAAUUAUUGGACUAUUGUUCCUGCAAGAAAUCUUUUCCACUAUC